AUGGCGGAGCAGCGCCCGGGUGGCUUCCCGCUGCUGGUGCGCGGCGACUGGGGUGCCGCCAAGCCGCCGCUCGCCCUGAAGAAGAAACUUCUCUGCUACUUCCAGAGCCAGAGGCGGUCGGGUGGCGGCGAGUGCGAGUUGCAGACCAGGACCGGGUGCCUCCUCGUCUGUUUCGCCCGUCCUGAAGUGAGACAGCGGGUGCUCGAACAGCGGGUCCAUGAGCUCGACUGGGGACCCAGAAAGCGGCUGUCGCUGCUCGUCACCGAGCUGCCGGCGGAUGGAGACCCCACGCAGGAGGUCGGACUGGCCGGCGGGGCCGAGGCGCCAGUUAAUGAAUCCCAGGUGUUUCUUCCCACCUGCCAGAAUAAGGAGAUUUCUACGUGCUGCACUCUGCAGGAAAAGACAGAAUCACAUGAGAAAUUUGAAGCAGAAAAAGCAACCUCUAGGAAAUCUAUCAUAGUAACCACUGCCUUUGGGGAGGAAAUAGAAGAUGAGGUUGUGGAAAUGUAUUUUGAAAAUAAAAAGAAGUCUGGUGGAGGGACCAUCGAGUCUUACAUCAAAAAGAAUCAGGAAAUUAUCAUUACUUUUCAGGAUGAGGAAGAUGCUGAAGAAGUUUUGCAAAAGAAGCAUCACUCUGUGAAGAAAAUUGAUCUGUUUGUGAAGCCAUUUGAAAUGGAGGAGUCUCAAGAAUCCCAGCUUUCCACCAGAGUUGUGCUCGAAAAUGUGCAGGAGACAAUGAAAGAGUGCAUGUUAAUUAUGCUGAUAGAGAACAUCAGUGGCUUGUCAGAGGAUGAUGGUGACUUCAGUGUGGAAAUGAUACCUGAAUUACAUGCUGCUGUAGUUACUUUCACUGGAAGUAUUGGUAAGAAGGAGUUAAGAGUUAAUCUUAAUCACAACCAUCGAGCAAAGCAAUACAAUAUUACUGCACGGUGCCUUGAGCUAACAAAUUGUGUUAGGGUUGAAAAUAUACCACCUGGCACACCCACUGACUAUAUAAUUGUCUACUUUGAAAAUAAGAAGAAUGGAGGUGCCCAAGUGAUGUGUGUUCAGCAGCUGCCUGAUGAAGAAGCAGCUAUCGUUACAUUCGAUGACCAUAAAGAUGUAACCAAUAUCCUGGCAAAGCAGCAUUCACUCAACAAAACACCAGUCUCUGUCUACCCUUACUACACCUCACUGGGAACAGCUCUAUAUGGAAAGGAAGGGCCACAAAUAAAGAAGCCAGAUCCAGUUACGGUGCCUCUGAAUUUGUAUAUCUGGUGUUACUUGCAGAUCAAUAACAGGCUAACUGAGGCAAUAAGUGGUGAAAUGGCAAAGUGCAAUUGUGUGGUAACAUGGCCUGAACCCCACUGUGCAGAACCAGAAGUUACUUUGCAUCCUUCAGCUGCUUUGUCUGAGCGGAAGAGAUCAGUAUCUCAAUUGGUCAAGACAUGGAAAGAAAAAGUUUCCACAGCAUUUUCACAGAGCAUAUCAAAGUAUGAAGCAAUUGAAUGUCAAGUAAAUGCAGAGGUGUGGGAUGCCAUUAGAAACAGCUUUACCCACGAUGAAGUUAUGAUAAUCCCAUGUCUUUCCAAUGAGUUAUGUAUUCUAGUGGGUGAAAAAGAAGUUGUGAAGAAUGUUGAACAAGAACUGAAGAUUUGGAUAGAAGAAGCCACCAGAAAAAUUGAAAUAGAAAAGCAAAGAAUUGAAGUAAUAGUGACAGUGAGUCCGGGGGAAUAUGCAAUUUUAGAGUCUACUGGUCUUCAAGAAAAAAUUUUUACAGAGUUCCCAGCCCUGCAGAUGAGUUACGAUUGUUUGCAGAAGAUAUUUAAUCUGUGUGGAGUACCUCAUGAAGUUUAUAAAGUAAAAGGGGAAAUAUUGGACAAUAUACGCAACAUGAAAAGGAGAACAGUUAAUAUCCACCCUAAUAUUUUCCAGUUUUUAAAGAAUGUUGAUAAUGAAACCCUGUCACAGAGCCUGUUUAUGUCAAAACAAAUUAGUGCCUUUUAUGAGCUUAGCGAAGAAGAUAUCAUCUUGAAGGGGAAUACUGAUGACGAUGUUGAAAAAGCAGAGGAAGAAAUAAAGAAGGAACUGGACUACAAAACUAUUGCUGUGCAGGAUGGGUCUGUACUCCAGAAGAAGGAAUGGAGGAUACUUACUGAGCAAAACUGCUCUAAUGGAGCUGUAACAGUCACUCAGGCAGAGAGUCAGGUCAUCAUAGCUGGCUGUUCUCAAGCAGUAGCAAAAGCCUAUGAGGAGCUUUUUAACUUUAUAGAUGAAAACAUGCAAGUAGAGAAGGUCAUUGGAGGAAGGCCCACGGCAGUCAUGAUGUUUGUUGAGAAGGAGAAGAGCAGUGUUUGGAAUGACUUACAGAAUAAAGGUGUGAAAGUUGACUUCAGCACACAGAAGAAAUGUAGAGUUGUGUGUUUGAGUGGGCCAAAAGGAGAAGUGCUGAAGGGAGUUACCUUAUUUGAGCAAAUUCUGUCUGGCCUGCAUUAUAAGCGUGUGGUAAUUGAAAAGCCAGGAGCCAAGUCAUACUUCAAAGAACGAGAACGCUUUUUUGCUGCCACUGCAAAUCAAGACUUUAAGUGUCUAGUCAUGCUGGAAGAGGAAUCAGAACAGCUGGGAGAAAAACAGGAACGUCGUAAUACAGGCAAGCCCUAUAUGCAAGUGACCUUAGGUGGAAUUGUAAUAGCGGUUUAUAAAGCUGACUUGUGCACUCAUCCUGCUGAUGUUGUGGUAAAUGCAGCUAAUGGAGACUUAAAACACACUGAGGGCCUUGCUGGUGCGUUGUUAAAGGCAGCUGGUCCAGAGCUGCAGCAGGAGUGUGAUCUGGUGAGGGAGAAAGGGAUUUUGCACCCUGGGUGUGCAGUUAUCACAAAGGCUGGGAAACUCCCCUGCAAAAACAUCAUCCACGCAAUUGGGCCUAGGUGGAGGCAGGAUGAAGAAGAGAAGUGUGUGUUCUUGUUGAAAAAGACAGUGAAAAAAAGUCUACAACUAGCUGAAGAAUUUAAUCAUCAUUCCAUAGCCCUUCCUGCUGGAAGUGCAGAGAUUUUUAGCUUCCCUCUGGAACUGUAUACAUAUUCAAUUGUAUCCUCCAUCAGGGAGACCUUGGAAGAAUCGAUGGGGGAGAGCAGCUUGAAGGAGGUUCAUCUUGUGGAUAUUGCACAGCAUAACAUUGAGGCUUUCAGCAAGGCACUGAAAAAAGUGUUUUUAUCUCCUAACAAGUCAUUGCAUCAGCCUCAGAAAAGCAAAAUUUCUCAAAAUAGCGAGGACCUCCCAUUGGUAACAACUGAGGAAGGCCUUCACAUCAUUCUGACAAAGGGAAGCAUUGAAGAUGCUAAAACGGACGUUGUUGUCAACAGUGUUGCCCAAGAUCUCCAGCUUGGUAAAGGGCCACUUGCUAAAGCUUUGCUACGCAAGGCAGGGCCAAUGCUUCAGACAGGCUUAAAGGAAGAAGGCCAAAGAAAAACACCUGUGGAAGGAUCUGUGUUGAAAACAAAAGGUUAUGGUCUAGAUUGCAGUGUUGUUCUUCAUGCUGUUGUACCGAUGUGGUCCAAGAAACACCCAUCUUUAAAGGUUUUGGGAGAUGUCAUCACAAAAUGCCUGGAGAUUGCUGAGGAGCUAUCUUUAAAGUCAAUUACCUUCCCAGCAAUUGGGACAGGGAAUUUAGGAUUCCCAAAGCCUCUUGUUGCCAAAUUACUGUUUGAAAAGGUGUUUGAAUUCAGUAGUAAAAAUCGAGUACAGUCUCUUAAGGAAGUUCAUUUUGUGUUGUAUCCAGAAGACACAGAUAAUAUUGAGCAAUUUUCAGCAGAACUUCAGAAGAGGUGUGAAAAUACUGUAGAUGUUGAAGAGGAAAAGGCUUCUCCAAAGGCGGCAUUCCAAGACACAGCUUCCUCUCAUACCCCAGCACAGAAGGUACAUGAGAUGACAAUUGGCUCAGUCAUAUUCCAGGUGGUGGAAGGUGACAUUACCAAGGAAGCAGCAGAUGUUAUUGUAAACAUAACAAACAAAACUUUCAACCUCAAAACAGGUGUUUCUAAAGCAAUUCUGAAUGGUGCUGGAAAAGCAGUUGAAGAUGAAUGUGCUCAAGCCUCCCAGUCUAACAAGAGCUUUAUCACCACCCAAGCAGGAAGCCUGCCAUGCAAAAAAAUAAUUCAUUUUGUUGCCCAAGAGGAUAUCAAGCAGUUAGUCUCCAUAGUGCUUCAGGAGUGUGAAUUACAGCAGUAUACCUCUGUCACCUUCCCAGCGAUUGGAACAGGUGAGGCAGGCCGUGAUCCAGCUGUAGCAGCUGACAACAUGAUAGAAGCAGUAACUGACUUUGCAAGAAGUAACUCUGCUCCAUCUCUGAAAACUAUUAAAGUUGUCAUCUUUCAGCCACAUCUGAUGAGUGUAUUCAAUAAAAGCAUGCAGAAAGGAGGUCCUCUUAAAACAGUCAAAGCAGCAUUUUCCAAGAUUGCAUCAUUCUGGGGCUCUGAGAAGGGAAAAAAUAUUUCCCUGAAGGAAGAAAAACUUUCCCAGAAGAAUAAAGCAGUUUUGGAAAAGAAAAUCAACCCGGCUGUUGUGCAGAUUUGUGGUGAAAACAAAAAUAAAGUGGAAGAAGCUGCAAAAUGGCUGGAAAAGGCAAUUUUAAAUGAAAUUAUUCAAACAGAAAUCACAGAUGAGUCUAUUGUCCAUUUUCGUGAAAGGGAGAAAGAGGAACUGGAUAACAUAGAGAAGAAAUUUGAAGUUGCUCUCAAGUUGGAUGGUAACAUUAUUAAAAUUUCAGGUGUUGAGAAAGAUGUCUGUAAGGCUUCUUCAUCUAUUCAACAAAUGAUCUACAGGUUAAAAGAGAGUGAACAGGAAGAGAAAAAUGCAAAACUUCUACAGAACAUAAUAGAGUGGAAGUAUUUUAAAAAGGAUUCCUAUGUGCCCUUCGACAGUCUCACAAAUAAGCUCUUGGAAGAUGCUUUCACAGGGCAGCAGAAAGUUGUUGAAGCCACCAUUGACGGGAAAAAGUGCAGGGUGAAUACAGAAACAAAAUGUUUUCUGGAUGACCAAGGAAACAGUACACCAAUUAUACGUAUUGAUAAAUCCAAAGAGGCAACAGUGCUCCCUGCAACGUGGGAUGAUAUGGAGAACCAGCGACUCAAAAUAGUGGAACUAAAACCAGCAACAAAAGAAUACAAAGAUGUGCAGAAAAGGUUCCUGCGUACCUGUCAGUCAUUCAAAAUUGAAAAGAUUGAAAGGAUACAGAACCAAUUCUUAUGGAAGAACUACCAAAUAAAAAAGGAUGAAAUGGAUAACAAAAAUGGCAACAGAAAAAACGAGAAGCUUCUGUUUCAUGGGACAAACUGGGAGUCAUUACACUUAAUUAAUAACAAAGGAUUUAACCGGAGCUAUGCUGGAAUGCACGCUGCAUACUAUGGAAAUGGAACAUACUUUGCUGUUAAUGCCAGCUAUUCUGCCCAGGACACCUACUCUCAACCAGAUGCCAAUGGGAAGAAGUACAUGUACUUGGCUCAAGUCCUUGUUGGAGAAUAUUCUCAGGGGGUAAAAGGAUCGAUUAUUCCAGGCGCAAAAGACCCUCAUGACUCUGUAGAUCUCUUUGAUAGUUCAACUGAUAACAUGGACCAUCCAUCCAUGUUCAUCAUAUUUAAUGAUGUUCAAGCUUACCCAGCAUACCUUAUCACUUUCACAAAAUAAGCAUUUUGAUUACAGCCAGGCUUGCAUAUCUUACAGUCUUCAUGAGACAGAAACACAACAAAAUGAACAACUGAAACAAAUACUUUUAUGAAAUCAAUUUGUUAAAGCUUGUUUAUAUUCAAGCAACCUCUGGCAGUUUGGGAAAGUACCUAAUGAGGCUGCUGCUUUACACUCAAGUGUAGCUGAUCAUAUUUAACUACUUAGUAUUCUACCUUUCUACUGUAUUAGUCUUUUCCUGAAGCCUUAUAGUCAUCCUUAUUGCCCUAGGAAGCGGCGAGGGCCUGCAGGGGAUUGGAAGGGAACUUUCAGCCACUGCCUCCCCAACAGUGGAUUUCUGAUGGCUUUUUAUACUCUCUAAAGUACACACUGCGUGUGAAUUAUGAUACAGUGGUUUUCCAAAAACUAAUUGUCAUUAAUGGCUUGUGCUUGUCUAUAUAUACCAUUGAUUUUUUUUUUUUAACCAGUGAAUGUCAAUGAAUGUGAUAUGUCAGAUACAGAUCUGCUUGUUCUUAAUAAAAUAACCUUCCUUUGUGGUUUAGGACGUUGUCCUACAGAAGGUUAUAGAAGUUAUAACCUAUGAAAAACAGGAAAGUAAAUUUUGAGGAAGUUUCUGUGGUCACAUACCAGCUGCAGCAACCUUGAGGAGAAAUUAAUAGAGGAAGGCCAAACACAGAAGGGGGUGGUAAUCUGGCUUUGGGUGUGAAGGUCUUAA